AUGAUGCAGAAAUCAGUCACCUUCUUACGUCGGGGAAAACCCCGACCACGGGCUGGCAUGUUCCCUGACAAGUACCGUCGUGUUCCUAUGCUUUUGAAACCACAACAAGGCGGCCAACAGUAUUUCAACCAUUUUCUGAUUCGGUCUACUAAUGACCGACUGACGCAGCAAGAUGUUGAUAACGCUUCCGGCCAGGCUCAUUCCUUUAUUUCCCCGCAGCUUCCACAGAUGGAUUGGCGGAAUAUGUCAGCACGAAGCAGCGAGGAGUCGAUCAGGGAGGAGAUGCGGCAGCUCGCAGAGAAUGAUGUGAUGCAGCACCAGCGCGUCUUCAAUGAGCGUAUGUGGUAUGAAAAGGAGGAGGAGCAUCGCAUGAAGGCUCGCAGUUGCCCUGAAGAGACAAGUGAACAUGCAAUCAGCAAUGAUGGAGCCGUGCCUCCUCCCCGCGUCCUUGGGGGAGACUAUUUCAAGACUCGUUUUGGUUAUUCUCUCGUAAAAAACAGUGAAAUGACGCAGGGACCAGUAGAUUACAGCCAACUUGACAUGUGGGGGGAAAUGCCGAGGUAUACCAGUGACAUGGUUUUCCUCUACCUUGUUUCGCGGCGACGUAACACAUAUGCGGUUGCCUACACCUACGAGGGAAAACGUAUCCUGAAUACGUAUACGGCUGGUAACAGAGGACUGAAGGGUGGCGAUCGCGGUUUCCGAAGCGAGGGCUCCACCGACAACGGUCACCAAGUGACCAGCAUGUACCUUAACGAUUUACUCCCAAAAUUGCGUGAGAUGCGGGCGAGCGAAGGGCGCCCAAUGGGUCGCGGUGAGAAAGUGGAGCUGGUAGUUCGUGUGAUGGGCUUCUAUAACGGUCGACAGGGUGCUGUGCGAGCGGUGCAAGACCGUGCCAAUGAGUUUCACGUGAGAUACUUCGAGGAUAUUACCCCGUUCCCGUUGAAUGGUCCCAAGAUGCCUCGUGGCGUCUUCAAGUAA